CACCAUAUCUUCAACCACCAUUAUUUCAUCCAACAAUGGCGACGGCGACGUCCUCCUGCCUUCUGCUAACCGCGCUGUUCUUCUUCUUCUUCAACCUCUGCGACUGCACCGAGUUCCAGGUCGGCGAGACAACCGGCUGGACCGUCCCGCCGCGCAACGACACCGAAUUCUACAACAAUUGGGCCUCCGCCAAGCGAUUCACGAUCGGAGACACCAUACGGUUUAGUUACGGGAAAAAGGACUCUGUAAUGGAAGUGAGCAAAAGAGACUACGAAGACUGCAACUCAACGCGCCCAAAUUACUUCUCCAACACCGGCGACACCAUCUUCGCCCUCAACCGCUCCGGCCGCUCCUAUUUCAUCAGCGGCACGGCGGGGCACUGCCGGAACGGCCAGCGGAUGGUCGUUUGGGUCAUCACGCAGCAGGAUCAUUCGCAUGCCGCCCGUUCCUCCGCCGCCUCCGGGGGCGGUUUAGCUCCGAUAACUGCCGCCGUCAUCACGAUAAUCGGUUCGGUUUGCUGCCUGCCCUUUUUUUAA